GCGUUCAGUUAUUAAAUGCUCGUUCUCGACGCUGCUCUUUGUUCGACGUGAAUCAUGAUGUAUCUGUUAGUAGCGUUUUUCGUGUUCAAUUUAUUGGCAAGUGUCACGACCGCAUCGAACAAUUGUCGAACUAUUAUCAACAAACGUGCUAACUCUGUGAGGUUCCAGUGUACAGAGUUAACGGAUUUGAGUAAAUUGGACAGGGCGAGGGGCAACACUACGCACAUUGAAAUUUCAGAGUCGAAUGUGGCGUAUCUACAUGGUCAUGCUUUCGCAAGAUUCGGUGCAACACUAAUCACACUGGAUUUACAUAAAUCGAAUAUAGAAGCGAUAGAUUCCCUAGCAUUCAUAGGACUCACCAACCUCCAGAAAUUAAUACUAUGGGGUAACCGAUUGAGAUCUGUACCAAGAGAUUGGUUCGUGAACACGUACAAUUUGAAAACUCUCGAUCUAUCAUUCAACAACAUCGAAUGGAUCGAUUAUGGAGUGUUCCAAUUACUUCCCAAUUUGGAGAACUUCUAUUUCGAUUACAACCAAAUCAAAUUUAUCGAAUACAGUAUGUUCGCCUACCUAAAAAGCCUUAAAAAUGUGAAGUUUGAAAAGAAUCCGCUCAGUUGGGGAUACCGUGCUCAUCUGACAUGGCAAUUGGAAAAUCAGCACGUAAGAUACAACGAGGACUGGGAGGAUUGGGGGUGGAUGAGCGCCGUCAUCAAAGAUUGCUCGGAAAGCGGCCAGGGUGAAAUACCGAAAGACACUAUUCUCGAUUGUGCCGUUGGAAAACUGCUCGACUUCGCGCUGCAAAUAUUUUCUACUCCGGCGACACAUCAAAAUGUCGAAUGCACUAUGAAAGCACGACAGUUGGUUCGUUGUAUGAGACCAAAGAAUUCUACCGGAAAUACGGAUAACGAAUCUGUGAGGAGAGUGCUCGAGGAUUACACGAUGAUCUUGAAACCAAUGUCAAGAUCGUUGGCUCGAUUUUCCCCACCGACCAAAUAAUUAUUUCAAAGACGUUCACUUUCGUUGACACAUAUUCAUUAAUUCGUAAAGGUUUUCGAAACAGACAUGAUUAAAACUCAACUUCAAAAAGUUGAUUCAGUAUUCAAGGAUUAAAUAUGUAACUAUUUAUUCAUAUAUUUCUCUGAACUUUAAUAUAUACAUAUUUACU